UUUAAAAUGUUCUGCGAUAAAAUUAUUGUAUCGACAUUUAAGCAUUAAAUCCUUUAGUCAAAAUGUAUAUUAUAAUAUUAAAAUUUAGGAUGGAUAGUUAUAAAGUUCGAUUUCAAAUAUGACAUUCUCAAGUUUACCAAAACGAAAAUUGAAGCGGUACAAACAUUUGAAGAUACGCAAAAAACGCAACCAACUUCGAAUCAUGGCGGAAACUGAAUACGAGGCAUGCUCGCAGAACGAUUCGAUAACUUGCAUGAAUGUCACUGAAAUAUCUUUUAUCCUAAACGAUUCUAACGAAGCACAUAAUCCACCUAUUAAAGAGAACUACACAGUCAUGAUGGUGGCAGAGACGGAUUUUUACAUAGCCAAUCCAAGUAGCCAUGACAACCAAAUCGAGUUCGAUUGCGACAGAGAGUCGAGAAAAAACGGCAGUCAACCAACCAGUCCGACGGCAAAGGAUUUUGACAAUCCGACGUUUCAAAAAGACGAUUCCAACGACACGUCGUCGGCAGUGUCGGCGAAAUCUACAAGUUCUGAUUCGUUUUAUAACACAAAUUACAGAUAUGGAUGGUUAUGGUUAGAUUCAAAAUUUUUACAAAGGUUUAACAAGCCGAUAUACUUUUUAGUUACCAUGGUUUUAGCCGGCAUCACACAAGGACUUGUCGUAACUGGAGUCGGAUUUACCGUGAUAACUUCGAUAGAAAAACAAUUUGGUUUUAAAAGUACGGAAGUGGGUUUGUUUGGAACAGCUUACGAUACAGCUUAUGGUAUAUGCUGCGUGUUUGUAGGCUAUAUUGGUCAUGUGCAUAAACCACGCUGGCUAGGUUUUGGUUUAUUACUUAUGGCAACUGGUGCAUUAGUGACUUCGACGCCUAAGUUUAUUAUUGGUUCUUAUAACGUUGGUUUUGAGCGUUUUAGCGACUUCUGUCAUUUAAGCAACACAACAGCCGGCGAUACGAAAUGCGAAUCGUCUUCCGAAUGGUAUUAUAUGUUUUUGUUUAUACUCGGGAAUAUUUUAAUGGGUAUUGGAGCGACGCCGCUGUACACACUUGGACCUGCACAUAUCGAUGAAAUAACAGAACGAGGACAAGGGAGUUUAUAUUUAGGUGUUUACUAUGCAGCGGCCGCUGUUGGUCCAGCGUUGGGCUUUAUCAUUGGCAUGCCGAUUUUGGAUACAUGGGUUGAUGUAACGCAGCCUGAAGGCUCGUCACUGGAACCUACCGAUCGCAACUGGGUGGGAGCAUGGUGGAUAGGCUAUUUGGUAGCUGCCUUUAUCUUGUUAAUCCCUGUCAUCCCAAUGCUGGGCUUUCCUAGACUCUUUCCAAACACACAGGCUGUUCGCGAGCGGAAGAAGGAACUCGAAGAUACUGUCGAAGUUGAUAAGAAUUUGAAUCAUGACUUUAAGUCAGUAUGGCCGGCAACACUGGCGUUGUUGAAAAAUCCCACGUAUUUAUGUAUCUGUUUGGCUAUAUCUUCUGAAAGUUUAGCAAUUGGUGGCUUCUCAACUUUCAUUCCAAAGUUUAUAGAAACACAGUUUCAUUUCACUGCAUCCAAUUCGGCCUUGUACACAGGAUUGAUAGUUAUACCAGGAGCUGCAGGUGGCAUAUUUCUUGGGGGCUAUCUAUCUAAACGAUUUGGUUGGACUUGCAAGCAAACUUUAAAAGCAGCAACGGUGAUGGCGUUUGUGGCUGCGUUGUGUGUAUCUGCAGCUUUGGUUGGCUGUGAAGGAAGAAAGGUUGUAGGGGCUGAAGGACAACACUAUUAUAACAGUACUGGAGAUGUCAGCCUGUCAAGUGCUUGUAAUAGUCACUGUCAAUGCAGCACGCAAUAUUAUAAACCAGUGUGUUCUGUGGAAGAUCAGAAAACGUAUUUUUCUCCUUGUCAUGCAGGAUGUGCGAAAGAACAUCAAGUUGGAGACUCUUUCUACAAUUGCAGUUGUUUACCACCUGAAGUCACGCAUGCUGUUGAUGGGCGAUGUAAACCUGAAUGUAAACUCUUCCCUAUCUUCGUCCUCGCUGCUUUUCUCCUCAUGUUCUUCACCUUCAUGAAUAACGUACCAAUGUUGAAUGCUACUUUCAGAGUGGUUCCGGAGGGGCAAGGGUCGUUUGCCAUGGGUUUCCAGCAGGUGUUUGUGCGCUUUCUUGGCUUCAUACCAGCUCCGACAAUGUUCGGAAAGCUAAUCGAUGAAAGUUGUGACUUGUGGCAUGUUGAUGAAUGUAGCGGAGAUACGACAAGUUGUUUGGAAUACGAUAACGCCGAUUUCAGAUAUUACAUGUUUGCGCUUGGUGUUAUUACCAAAUUCCUUUCUUUCAUAUUCAUUUUUCUGGCGUACAAGUUUUACCGGCUACCGGCAAAUCGCAAAAUAGAAGUGGACGCUGAAAAACAAAACAAUGGUAACGUGUACAAUAUGAAAGAAAUGGCUGGUGAUAAUAUUGCAAAUUCCGCACCUGUGAAUAAAGAUGGUAGCUCAUCGGACGCAGUGAAGGUGUUGAGUUUUGUUCUUCGUUGCGAUGUCUUGUUACUGUUUUCGCUAUUCGCAUUUUUUUCAAACAACGCUUCUUUAAACAACCUUUGCUUAAACGAUAGGGGCGGACAAUUUCAGUUUUUUUUUCUUGAUGCGAAUGAUAGUGAGAUGAUUCUGAGAGACAAAAACAUUGAUAUGAUUUACUUGGGACAUAGCGUGUCUAGUAGUGGAAGAUUAUCAAACCCUGUUUUGAAUCAUUUAAGCAGCACUAAGUCGGCGUGGUCACGUCUUACCCUCUUAAAUGAUAUAAGAACUAUGUUUGUUCAGUACACGACCUUUGCAAUUACUCGCACUUUGGGUGAAUCUGCUUAUGUAAAUGUUCCGAGUGUGAAAUACAGUUUUAUGUUGAUCACAGGACACAUCACAGGGCACAGCGGUUAUCAUGCUAACGUUUAUUGUUCGCGCAAUGACGACAAAAUAGAGAAUCUGACUUUAUCAAUAAUCCAUUGGGUUGUCUCGUCAACAGUCAUGUGGACAAGUUUCUAUACAGUCAUGGCUAACAAGAAAAGUUAUCAGAAGAGAAGAUCAAGGAAGAGAAAAGGUUUUAAUGGUGCAAAUGUUACAGCCAGCAAUACAACAUUAAACGGAACAUCUUCAGAACCAAUCCAAGAACUCACCGAACCUGAACCGUCAACACAAACUGGAGCAUCAGCUGCCAAAUUAGAUUGUAGUACUACCUCAGAAACAAUUGAGAAAGAGUUUGUUGCUAACUGUUACAUUAUAAUAGAGAGUGACUUGUUAAUGUCUUUGAUUUUUAUGAUAGGAAGAUGCCCAGACUGUGCAGCUUCUAGUGUGAUAAACCAGAUCCAGUUAAUGGCAGAAAAGGUUAUGACAUUAAUAGAAGGAUUUCGUGAGAAUGGUAUUGGUUUCAGCGGCAUCGAAAAAUUUUGCAGAUGCAUGAUUAUGCCACAACCAAUGACAAAAUCAACAUUUGAAAACAUUAAUUCAUUGGUCCACAAUGCUUAUGUACAGACUUCACAUGAGUCCAUGGCUACAGCAGCAAAAGAAGUGCAUGAGAAAACAAAAAGAAAUGACCCAAGUAGUGUUGAUAAAGAGGAUAUCGCUAAUAUAGCUGUCAGCGGUGAUGGCGCCUGGCAAAAGCGCGGAUUUUCAUCCCUUAAUGGGGUAAUGACAUUGAUCGCAGAUGGAAAGUGUAUUGACACUGAGGUUAUGUCGAAAAAGUGUAAAGAGUGUGAUGUUUGGGAAAAGACAAAUGACACCCAUUCUGAGAAGCAUAAAGAGUGGAAAGAAAAUCAUGCUGCGUUUUGCUCUAUCAACCAUAGAGGCAGUUCUGGUGCCAUGGAGAUUACCGGCUUGAAACGUAUUUACCAUCGCUCUGUGAAAACUCACAAACUCCGAUACACUUUUUACAUUGGAGACGGAGACACAAAAUCUUUUGUGGAACUUUGUAGUACAAAUCCCUACCCAGGACACAGCUUGAACAAAGGUGAAUGUAUCGGGCAUGUACAGAAACGUGUCGGAACCAGAUUGCGAAAAAUUAAAACUGACCACAAGGGUGUAAAGCUUUCAGAUGGAAAAGGCAUUGGCAGAGGAAAGGGAAGACUCACAGACAAGAUCAUGAAUACACUUCAAAACCAUUAUGGAAUGGCUAUUAGACAGAACACUGAUAAUCUUUAUGCUAUGCGUAAAUCUGUUGCUGCUGUCCUUUUUCAUUCGACAAAUGAACCUGAUGAAGAAAAGCGUCACAUGUACUGUCCCCGAACUGAGAACUCUUGGUGUAAAUAUCAAAGGGAUAAGAUAACUGGUGAAUCUACUUACAAAGGGCAUUUAAACAUUGAUAAAGUUGUCUCAGACCUCAUUGCACCUGUAUUUUCAAGCAAAGACCUUGGAAGUGAGGAUCUACUUAAGAAAUGCCUUCAUGGUCAAACACAAAACGUAAAUGAGUCUCUCAACAAUGUCAUCUGGUCAAGAUGCCCUAAAAGAGUUUAUGUUGGAAAUGCUGUUUUCAAAACAGCAGUAGCAUCUGCAGUAAUAGCAUAUAACAAUGGAGAAACAGGACUGUUACCAGUAUAUUCCAAACUUGGUUUAGAACCUGGUUAUUAUACCGAAACUGGUUUUCGUAAAGCUAACACAAAACGUGUGAAAGAGUCAAACCGCAAGUCUACUGACAGAGUUAAAAAUGACAGAAAAAGGCAGAGAGCUGCCAGAAAAGGUUAUGAAGAUAAGAAUUUGCUUGAGGAAGGGGAAACAUAUGGAUAUGGUGCUUUUGUUGGACUUUAA